AUGUUUCGACUCUAUCCCCCUUUAAAGAUGUCGAAGCUGGCCAUCGCCGCCGAAACGGAAGAGGACAAAUACGACGUUGCGACUGCCGUUCGGUGCCUAGACUGUGAUAUAGAUCUAGACAAAACCGCACCCAAAUUGGCGGGCCUGAUCGAUGGCAUCAUGGCGGCUAGCACAUUCUCGCGAAAAGAGGAGGUAAAGGCAUGGGAACAGGAGCUCAUAUCUUGUGAACACAUCCUUCUGCUAAACCAGCAGGACUCCAAGCCCACCGAAUCUGGCGACCUUGGGCACUGCUCCAAGUGUGAUUUGAAGGAAAACCUGUGGCUUUGCCUCGAAUGCGGCAAUCUGGGGUGUGGCAGGCAACAGAUGGGUGGCGUUGAGGGUAACUCUCAUGGUCUUGCUCAUGCGCUUGAUUCUAGCCAUGGCGUUGCUGUCAAGCUGGGAUCCAUUACACCAGAGGGGAACGCGGAUGUUUACUGCUACAAGUGCGACGAAGAGCGCAUUGACGACAAUCUUGGUCAACAUCUAGCACAUUGGGGCAUCAACAUCGCGGACCGGCAAAAGACGGAAAAGAGCUUGACGGAAAUGCAGAUUGAGCAAAAUCUCAAGUGGGACUUCUCCAUGACGACUGAGGAUGGUAAGGAGCUGAAGCCUCUAACCGGCCCUGGUCUCACUGGUCUUAAGAACCUUGGGAACAGUUGCUAUCUGGCUAGCAUUAUUCAGUGUCUUUUUGACUUGCCUGCGUUUAAAUCUCGCUACUUUGAUACUAACGACGCCCUGCCUAUCGUCAAUGAUCCGGCAUCCGACCUCGAGACCCAGCUGAGGAAAAUGGGACACGGUCUCCUGUCUGGCCGCUAUUCGAAGCCGGAUUCCGAUGCACCCACCUCCGACCAUUCAGAGCUAAGAUAUCAAAGGGGCAUUGCUCCGGCCAUGUUGAAGCAUCUUGUGGGCCGUGGACAUGGUGAAUUUUCGACCAUGCGUCAGCAGGAUGCAUUCGAAUUUCUUCAGUAUAUAUUCACGCUUAUCCAGCGAUCGAAUCGAGCCUCUGGAAAGCCGGACCCGACGGACGAUUUCCGUUUCGUGUCUGAGCACCGCCUCCAGUGUCUUGAGUGCAAGAGAGUACGAUAUACUACGACAGAGCAGGAUAAUAUCUUUGUUGAUAUCCCAAAGGAGAAGGUUGCGGACGAGUCAGGCCUCACGGAAGGUGGUGAGAGCAAUCCGGAAGUCUAUCGACCGGUCACUCUCAAUGAAUGCCUCGACAGGCUUACCGCACCAGAGAUAGUUGAGCUUGCGUGCUCGGCCUGCGGUAGCAAGGGAGGCUUCACGAAGCAGUUCCUCGACGUCCCUGUUAUUGUUCCCCAGGGCGAAUUCUCGUUUGACGAGUACAUGUCAUCAGGCUUACAGUCCGACGAAGUGGAGCUUCCCGAUGUGCCCGAGCCCGGAAAACCGGCCUUUGUCGCAAAUCCUGCUGCGGUAGAACAGCUCCUGAGCAUGGGCUUUUCCCAAAAUCGAUGCGAUAGAGCGCUCCACGCGACCGGAAACUCCAGUGCCGAUGCUGCGAUAGAAUGGCUUUUUGCCCACAUGGACGAUCCAAACGUUGAUCUGCCGCUUGACCUUGCUGAGGACAAGAAGUCGGGACAAGAUGCGGACCCAGCGCAAGUAGAAAUGUUGGUAGCUAUGGGAUUCGGAGAACCCCAAGCAAAGAAGGCCUUGCGGGAGACGGGUGGUGAUACCGAGCGAGCCGUGGAGUGGUUGUUUAGCCAUCCCGAUGACUUGGGGCUCGUCGAAGAGGAUACGGCUGCGCCCGCCGAGCCAAGCGGGGCGAAGGAGCUUCCUGGCAGCUCCAAUCAGCCAGCCAAGUACAGACUACAGUCGAUCGUCUGUCACAAGGGAACAAGUAUCCAUACUGGACACUACGUGGCAUUCAUCCGAAAGAGCUUGUCUGGUAGCGACAGCGAAACCUCCUGGGUCUUAUUCAACGACGAGAAGGUUGUGGAGGCUACGGAUGUGGACGAGAUGUCCAAGUUUGCUUAUGUGUAUUUUUUCCAGCGUGUUUAG